AUGGCGGAGAUCGCCGAGCGGGCCGUCGUGGGUGAGCUGCCGGAGGAGCCACGGCCGUCGCACGGUGAGGAGGAGGACGAUGAGGAGGAGGAGGGGGAUGUGUGCCGGAUCUGCCGCAACCGCGGCGACGAGGACCACCCGCUGCGCUACCCGUGCGCCUGCAGCGGCAGCAUCAAGUUCGUGCACCAGGACUGCCUCCUCCAGUGGCUCGACCAUAGCAACUCGCGCCAGUGCGAGGCGAGGAAAAAAUAUACUCAUGACGAUGAUGAUGUCUGUAAACACGCAUUCUCCUUCUCACCCGUGUACGCUGAGAAUGCUCCGACAAGACUUCCUUUCCAGGAACUGAUAGUUGGUGUUGGAAUGAAAGCAUGCCAUGUGUUUCAAUUCAUCCUUCGGCUUGCCUUUGUUCUCUCAGUUUGGCUCAUGAUUAUCACGUUCAUUACCUAUUGGAUAUGGCGGUUAACAUUUGUGAGAAGUCUUGGUGAAGCACAAAGGCUGUUCCUCAGUCACAUCAGUGCUCAGUUGAUCCUUAGUGAUUGCCUUCAUGGGUUCCUUCUCUCAGCUAUCAUUGUCCUUGUAUUUCUCGGAGCCACCUCAUUACGGGACUACAUAAGGCAUUUGCGUGAACUUGGUGGACAUGAUGCUGAGAGGGAUGAGCAUCCACAACACCAGGAUGAAAUUAAAGAAUUCAUAUGCUGGACUGGAUCACCUGGAAUUGCCAUCUGGCCGUUGGAGUUUGAGAAGUUUGAAAACAAGUCAGAUGCCAUUGGAACUUCUGGUAUUGAUGACCGCAUCACCAAGAUGAUCAAAAAUUGGUAUUGCAGUGGCGAGACAAUUCUUGUUGGAAAGUGUGAACAUAAACUGGCUAUUGAAACAGAACUGAAAAUAGCCUGCCGUUGUGAUGAAGUUGCGUUUGAAGUGAUGUGGGGCCUGGAAAACCACUUGCAUAUUUUAGUGCCUGAUGAGGAAUUAGAGCUACGUGAGGAGUGA